AUGCGACCAGCCGGGCGCCUCAGGCUGAGGAGGUGGCUGGAGGAGCAGAUCCAGUCUGGGAAAUAUCCCGGAGUUCGCUGGCUGGACCAGUCAGAGAAAGUUUUCCAAAUCCCGUGGAAACACGCAGCUCGUCACAGCUGGAGUAUCGACCGAGACGCCACUCUCUUCAGGAGCUGGGCCAUGCACACAGGGCGAUACCAUCCAGACAAACACCAAGCAGAUCCAAAGACGUGGAAGGCCAACUUCCGCUGUGCCUUGAACUCUCUGCCUGAUGUGUGUGAGCUGCGUGAACGCAGCAGGAAGAGCGGCAGCGACGCCUUCAGAGUCUAUAAGAUGCUUCCCAUCGCACACGCACGCAAGAAAGGUGACUACUGCACGCACACCAGAGGGGGAAGAAAGAUGCUAAUGUGCACUCAUGUCUACAAAAGGUCAGUGGGUCAGCGGGCCGAGAGCAGCAGCGAGCAGCAGCAACCAUGGCAACCUCCAAGCACCACUUCAUCCUGCACAGACGAUGCAUCUCCGAGCAUUCAAACCCGAGACACGUGGGAGCAGGACCAAGACCAGGCUGGAUCCGAGCAGUUACUGGAACACUUUAGCAGUGCUGACCUGACCAGCGACCUGACUUGGGUUCAGCGAGGAUGGCGGUCACACCUCCUCUGGGACAACUGGGACGUGUGA